AUGAACAUCUCUCAGCCUGUAUCGUCCGCCAUCGAUAGCGUUGAUUUUACCUUUCUCUCCGCUUCUGAAAUCCUUUCGCUCUCUGUCGCAAGAAUCGAAAACCCGGAGACUUUUGAUACUCUGUUGCAUCCAGUGCCGCAGGGUCUCUGCUCAACAUGUAAGCUCAAAGAUAAAGCGUGCCCGGGGCAUGUUGGCCACAUUGAGUUGCCAGUGCCUGUCUAUCAUCCGACAUUUAUGACACAAAUGCUUCGGCUGUUACGAGCGAAGUGCCGGUAUUGUCAUUAUUUGAGGCUUUCUCGAAAGGAAGUUAACCGUUACUUGUGCAAACUGCGAUUGAUCCAGUACGGACUACUGAAUGCGGCAGAGGAGGUUGACAACAUCGAAGUCUCUAAUACGGAGGAUGCCGAUGGAAGUGGGGGUGAAGAUGGGCAGGCCUCGUCGGUUGAAAAGCUCAUUCGACUAAGAAAUGCUCAUGUCAAGAGGAAUAUAAAGGUGGCUAAGCAGAAUCAGUGGGACUGGCAGAGGGAGAAGAACGAAGCUGUUGCAGAAGCGAGACGGGUCACAAUCAAGGAGUUCUUGAAAACCAUCACGACAGGAAAGACGUGUAGCAAUUGCAAGGGUAUAUCGCCAACUUACAGAAAAGAUCGAUUCGUAAAAAUCUUUCGAAAAGAUUUAAGCCCGAAAGAAAAGGCAAAGAUGUCACUGGCAAACAUUCAAGCAAAAAACGCUGUCACCACUCUGAGGGAGAGAGAAAAGCGUAAGGCCGAUGGAGACUUUGACGAAGGCAUUGCUGAUAUCGACUUGUCAUCAAAUGAGUCCAACGAAGACGAGGAAGGCGACGGGGAAGACCUUGAUGUUGACGGGGACGUAGUAAUGGGCGAUACCGCGACGAAGACAGCAAGAAGCUCAAAAUCCAAGGUAGCCGCAACCCCGCAGAUCUACUGCAACCCCAUGGAGGUGAAGGCGGAGUUGAUUUUAUUAUUCGAGAACGAGCAGGAAAUACUUUCGCUUGUGUACAAUUCAAGGUCGACUGUGAAAAAGGCGGCGGUGGUUUCACCAGAUAUGUUCUUCAUGCAAACACUUUUGGUGCCUCCGAACAAGUUUCGUCCCGAGGCGAAGACAGGAGCUGGAGAAAUUACAGAAAACCCUCAGAACACGUUGUAUAAAUCGAUCUUGAGGGGCUGUCUUCUAGUGUCUCAGAUCUAUGAUGAAGUCAAUGGGCUUACAGAGGAGACGCCCUAUCGGAUCAGAGAUUUCGGUGAUCUACAAGAGUCGUGGGCUGGGCUCCAGGACGCUGUCAACUCUUUGAUAGACCGAGAUCGCAAUCCAAUCCAGGGUGCGGCUGGCAAAAAGAACGAGGACGGGAUAAAGCAGAAGCUGGAGAAGAAGGAGGGUCUCUUCAGAAAGAACAUGAUGGGCAAGCGUGUCAACUUUGCUGCACGCAGUGUCAUUUCCCCGGAUCCAAAUAUCGAGACCAACGAGAUUGGCGUACCGCCGGUGUUUGCAAAGAAGUUGACCUACCCCGAACCUGUCACCAGCCAUAACUUCAAAGAAUUGCAACAAGCUGUGAUAAACGGACCAGAUAUAUGGCCUGGUGCUCAGGCAAUAGAAAACGAACACGGUCAAGUCAUAAGCUUGACAAUAAAAACGCCAGACGAGAGGUUAGCUCUUGCUAAUCAACUUCUAGCGCCGUCAAACAACAGGGCCAACGGGUCUCGAAACAAGAAAGUGCAUCGCCAUCUGACCAACGGUGAUGUUGUUUUGAUGAAUCGCCAGCCCACUUUGCACAAGCCUUCUAUGAUGGGUCAUCGUGCUAGAGUCCUCACAGGCGAGAAGACUAUUCGCAUGCACUAUGCCAACUGCAACACUUACAAUGCAGAUUUUGAUGGAGAUGAGAUGAACAUGCACUUUCCACAGAAUGAAGUUGCUAGGGCUGAGGUAUUGCAGAUUGCGGAUACUGACCACCAAUAUCUUGCGGGAACUUUCGGAAAGCCGCUGCGUGGUCUCAUCCAAGAUCAUAUCUCUGUCUCUGUUUGGAUGUGUAGUAGAGACACGUUUUUCGAUCGAGCGACGUAUCAACAAUUGAUAUAUAACAGCUUGCGGCCGGAGAGUGGUCACAUUGUUGGUGAUAGAAUAGAGACCGUGACUCCAGCCAUUAUUAAACCGAAACCAUUAUGGACGGGAAAGCAGGUUAUUACGACUAUACUCAGGAACAUUAAGCCUGUUGAUUGCGCACCACUAGGCUUGAAUAGCAAGCCAUCAGUUCCCGGUGAUCGCUGGGGCUCGGAUUCGAACGAGGAUCGAGUGCUUUUUAAAGGUGGCGAAUUUAUCACUGGCAUCUUGGAUAAAGCUCAAAUUGGACCUAGUGGUGGAGGAUUCAUCCAUGCCAUUCAUGAGGUCUAUGGCCCUACCGCUGCCGGCAAGACUCUCAGUAUACUCGGUCGCUUACUUACUAAAUUCCUGCAUAUGAGAGCCUUUACUUGCGGCAUGGAUGAUUUACGGUUGACUCCUCGGGGCGAACAAGCCCGGAGAGACACGCUAAAAGAAGCACAUCGCCUUGGUCUCGAGGUUGCAUCAAAAUAUGUCAGUUUGCAGGACCAGAAACCCACCGAUACCGACGCUGAGUUGAUGGAGCGGAUGGAGGACGUUCUGAGGGACGACAGCAAGCAAGGCGGUCUCGAUGUGAUGAUGAAUGCAAGGUCGGGAAAUCUGUCUUCACAGAUUACCAAAGCCUGCCUGCCGGAUGGAUUGGUCAAACAGUUUCCAAAGAACCAGAUGCAGAAUAUGACAGUUUCCGGAGCAAAAGGAAGCGCGGUGAACGCAAACCUGAUUUCUUGCAAUCUUGGUCAGCAAGUUUUGGAAGGUCGUCGUGUGCCCGUCAUGGUCAGUGGGAAGUCGCUGCCUUGCUUCAGGCCUUACGAAACUAAUAUCCGUGCCGGUGGUUACAUCGUGAAUCGUUUCUUGUCCGGUAUCAGACCCCAAGAAUACUAUUUCCAUGCCAUGGCUGGAAGAGAGGGGUUGAUCGAUACUGCUGUCAAGACAUCCAGAUCUGGAUAUCUGCAAAGAUGUCUCAUAAAAGGCAUGGAAGGACUCAAAGUUGAGUACGAUACCUCUGUUAGGGAUUCUGAUGGCUCCAUGGUGCAAUUUCUCUAUGGAGAAGACGGUCUCGACGUGACGAAACAGGUACAUCUUCAGGAUUUCAAGUUCUUACUCGAAAACAUUACAUCCGAACUUUCGCAACUAAACUAUGGUGAUCCGAAUUACGAGCAGAUUUUCAGUGAAAAGGAAAUCAUACUCAAAAAGAUGAAAAAGGCUUUGAAGUACUCGAAGGCAAACGAUCCCAACGGACCAGAUCCUGUACUAUCCUCUUUCAAUCCUGGCAAGUACGGCUAUGCAACUUCGGAGAAAUUCUACGACGCCCUUACGAAUUAUCUUAAAGCCAACCCGGAUGGAAUGGUGAAAGACAAAGAGCAUCCCGAUGGUGUAGGCGUUCGUAAGGCGUUGGAACCGGUUUUAAUGGCUAAGUAUUUGAAGUCCGUCGUCGAUCCAGGUGAGGCCGUGGGAAUUGUCGCUGGGCAGUCUGUUGGUGAACCCUCAACGCAGAUGACACUUAACACAUUCCAUUUAGCAGGUCACUCCACCAAAAAUGUCACCUUGGGUAUUCCCCGCUUAAGAGAAAUCGUCAUGACAGCCAGUAAUCACAUCUCAACUCCCUCAAUGACCCUUCGUGUCAAUGACGAAUUGUCAGCAGAGGAUGGCGAGAAAUUCGCGAAGGGUAUAAGUGUCUUGUCGCUUGGUGAAGUCUUGGAUGAGGCCACAGUUAAGGAGCGGGUGGGGCGAGGUGUUGCCUUUUCUGAGGCCAGGAUAUACGAAGUUCAGGUCAAACUCUUCCCUAGUAAAGAGUAUAUUGAUACGUAUGCAAUUACAGUUGCUGAUGUCUUACACACACUGGAGAAGAAGUUUGCGCCAAAACUACAAGCCCUCACUCGUAGAGCUCUAGGAAGAAAAAAGGAGGAAAAGUCUUCGAAGUCCACCAAAGGCGGAGUGCCAGAGAUUGGGAAGUCUGUUGGUGCAAUCGAGGACCCUGCGGCGGCAACCCGUAGAGGGUCCGAGGAUCCACAAGCAGAAGAUGAGGAUGAUGAUAUCGAGGAAGACGACGCAAAGCAGGUCAACGCAAAUGCGCUUGUGAGCUAUGCAGAGAAUGAUGAGGAGGACGAUCAAGUGCAAGCUCAAAUGCAAAAGGAUUCAGAGCAAGAUGAUGCUGACGUCCCAGACAUGGAGGACGAGGGAAUUGGAGGGAGCCCCCGGGAACCUGACAGCGAUGGUGAAGGGCAGCAGAAGGUCGACCGUCAAGAACAACGUGCUACAGAAGCUUCGGCGGAGCGAGAAGCUCGCGUGAUGAAAAACUGUUCAGAUGUUGUCCGUUUCCGCUUUGACGAGGAAGCUGGGGAGUGGUGUGAUAUCACUCUCGAGUAUGCUGCUGAUGUUCCUAAGAUUUUGAUGAUGACAGUCGUCGAAGAUGCUCUGCGACAAUGCCUCAUUCAGCAGAUUCCAGGACUUGGUGCCUGCAACUACAUCCCCAACCAAGACUCCUCAAAGUAUGGCAACAAAAUCCACUUGCCUGUCGUCCAAACGGUUGGGGUCAAUCUUAAGGCAAUGCAGACUUAUCCUCACAUCAUAAACCCAAAUACCAUUUCCACGAAUGACAUUGCGGCAAUGCUUGCGAACUACGGCGUCGAGGCCUGCCGCGCGACCAUAAUUCAGGAGCUCGCGGGCGUCUUCGGCGGUCACGCCAUCAGUGUCGACAACAGACAUCUAAACUUAAUCGCCGAUUUCAUGACUAGGGGAGGAGGUUUCAGUCCGUUCAACCGCAACGGGCUUAGAGGGAGUGUCAGUCCGUUCAUGAAAAUGAGUUUCGAAACAACGGUUGGCUUCCUUGCGGACGCCGUCGCAGAUGGAGACUUCGAUGAUUUGAGCAAUCCAAGUUCAAGAAUUGUAGUUGGGCGAAUGAGUAAAGUUGGGACUGGCGCUUUUGAUGUCCUGACGAAGGUACCUACCGUGAGAAGUGACGAGGAGAGUUGA